UAAGCGAAAUGUCGAAACGAAAGCAGUUUCUGGAAUCUGUGCAUCAUGAGCGCGUCCAGGAUUUUCUGAACCUCAUCAGAUUACAUAAGGAUGGAGCGGAUCCGUUUGACCUGGCGGAGGUUCUGCCGGAGCUGCAGAGGAGUCAGAGGCAGGAGUUGUGGGAGAGACAGCUGAAGUUGCUGCAGCACAACCUCACUGCUCACCCUCCAGAGCGCUGGAUCACUGGAGCCGAGGAGGACGCAGGUGACAUGGAGGUGGAGAUUUCUGAGGAACAGAUACAGACAAUGGCAGUAAUAGAGGGCGUUACGAUUGUUUCUACAGUCUCUGUAGACAUUUUGCAGGAAAAUGACAACUAUACUUCCCUUCUCGAAUGUGCUCAGAUGCUAAAUUGUAUAGAGAGUGCUUUGCCACUGUCACACACACCCCUCCAGCAGGCCAUUCAUUGGCUGUUUGAAUGCUGGUGGAGACGGGAUCUAAAAGGGAAGGAGGAGCUUGGUUGGACUGCUUUCCUUGGCUGUUUGGAGAACACUGUUACACUUGAAAAACCGGUCGGUGAGCUCAGAAGGCUCUGUACUCUACGAGAGGUGCUUCUCAGUGUGGACUUUGCAUCUGAGAGAGGGCAGCAGGUCAUUGAUCCUCUCCUCCAGUGUUUCUUCAGGCCCUGUCAUAUUAAACAAGAAGAGGGGAAGCGGUUCCUUGCCUUCCUUUUUUCUUGGAACGACAGCUUCAUUCGGAUGAUUCAUGAAACUAUUAAGAAUCAGCUGCAGUUUUUCCCAAAAACUCUGUCUGUUCAUGUGGCUGAGAUUUACUUCAGAGCAUGGAGGAAGGCAUCAGGCUCUUUCAUGGAGGAGUUUGAGUCCACCUGCAUCCAGGACUUAAUGCAGCACGCUCUGUUGCUGCACAGAAACUCACCUGUACACAGCAAAGUCAGACAGAUCCUUACUUAUUUCCACAAGCAGAAGUUUCGAGAAGGUGUCGAUGAGAUGCUGCACAGGCUCUACAAGCCAAUUCUGUGGAAAGCAUUAAAGGCCACCAAUGCUGAGGUUCGUGCCAAUGCCACACUGCUCUUCACUGAGGCUUUUCCCAUCCAUGACCCCAGCAUGAGCAGUGAGAUGGUGGACCAGGCUGUUCAGAAACAACUCGAUUUACUGUUUGCUCUCCUUGAUGACCCACAGCCCCUCGUGCGAUCUUCUGCAGUGCUGGGUGUAUGUUCUAUCCUGGCUCGUUGCUGGGAGGUCAUUCCUUCCACGAUCAUCACUGACCUACUGGAGAAGCUCAUCCUGCAGCUGGCUAAUGACACAAGCUCUCCAGAUGUCCGAUGCUCUGUGUUCAUGUGCAUGUCUAUAAUUCUGGAUAACAGUUUAAGUCAUCCACUCAUGGAAAAACUGUUGCCUGCUCUGAAGAGUAGCCUCCAUGACAGCUCUGAAAAGGUGCGUGUUGCCUUUGUGGGCAUGCUCCUCAAGAUCAAGGCUGUACGGGCAGCCAAGUUUUGGAAAGUGUGUUCCCUGGAGCACCUGCUGGCUCGAUUAGAAAUGGACUCUCCUCCUGUUUCCAAGCGAAUCGUCAAUCUCCUGUUCAACUCAUUCUUUCCAGUCAACCAAUCGGAGACUGUCUGGUGCGAGCGAUGCGUCAGCCUGAUUCAGACAAACCCUGGGGCGGCUCGAAAGUUUUACCAACAUGCUUAUCUGUACACAGCUCCUGCUAAUAUAGUCAAGCUGAUGCUAGUGAUCCGAAAGUGCCUGAAUGUGUGCAUUCAAAAUGCAGGAGAUGAUGAAUUUGCAUCUAGCAAUAAAGAAAACAGCACGAUGUUGGAGGAUGUUCUCUCAGUGCAGGACACUGCCUCCAUGGCCAGCCUGCUGGAGAUCCUCGUAAUUCUGUGGAAAAGUGUUCAGAAAUCUCUCAUGGCUAACCAAGAUGCCUUCAAGUACACCACAUUAAAGUUUGCAUCAGUUCUGCCCCAGUAUCUUAAAAUCUUUCAGGAGGAACGGUGUAAAGCCCCUCUCAUUCUUCUAGCCUCUCUACUUCCUGCCUCUUCUGUUCCAGCACUGAGGAGUAAAGUGAUGUCUCACUUGAGGAGUUUGAAAGCAGGCACCGCUGUGACCGCAUACAGUCAGUCGGUGGAGUGUCUCUGUAGCUGGGGGCAGAUCAGCCAUAUUGUGGAGCUGAUAGAGAACUGGCUUGUGGAGGCCUUACCUGUGAGAGCGCAAGGUGAUGAAGAUACAUCUGGUAAAGUGCAUUUUGAUGGGCUGGAAGAGUCGAUACCAGAUCUGGGCCUAGACUAUCUGGAUUAUGUACUCCUGCACCCUAAAACCCGAGACUGUCUGUUCACGCUGCCACUGGAUCAGAUCAGACCACUUCAUAAGGCCCUCGACAAAUGGAAGUCGCUGUUGUUUUCCUCUCUGAGUGGAGCAGAGGUCAGUGUGGCAGUCACUGAGACAGCGCUGAGAGCUUUUAUCUUCCAUGGCCGACUCUGUAUCCAUCUUCAGCACAAAGUGAGUGUACUGCAGUAACCCCUCUGCAUUCACUCUUUGAGUCUCUCACACUCCAAACAAAGCCAACAUCCACUGAACACACUCACACAAGAGAUGUUAAGAUGUGAAGAGAG